AUGACACCUCUCUGCUCCACCAAUGGUUGUCAACCUGCGUGCUUCCAGGAAGAGAGUGCCCACCUCGCCAGUUGCGUUUUGGAGGUGAUGGCGGAUGAAGACCGCGCGUCAGGGGCCGACGUCACCACCGCCGGCCGAAGGAAGAACAAGCAUUGCGUUCCCCGGGCGGUGGAGCUGAUGAUCCCCGAGCACUUCAGGGAGCGCCUUGCCGCGAGCAGGACGCAGUUGUCUAGAACGGAGCUCGACAAUAAGGAGACGGGCAACAAGCGGUCGGUAUACUUUGAGCAAUGGAAGGACUUCAAGGACACGGAGGUGGACGUGAGGUAG